AUGACUGAUAAGGCUUGUAAUGGCGAAGCAGUGAAUGCAGACUUAACUGAUGAUAAUCUUGACGCUACUAUCGAGGACAGAUCAGCACCAUCGUCUGGUGCUGUAUUCAACAAUGUUUUCCAAUCCACAACGUUCCUCCAUGCGUACGAUAGACCAAGGGACCUACCAAAAAAGGACCCCCAGGAAGCCAAGCGCCAUCUCAAAGAAUGUCGCAAAAUUAUGCAAAAUGUCUCGAAAGAGCAACAACGAAAGAUAUCACAAGCGAAUGCAACAGGCUCCGAUAACUCCGUCAAUUACUGGCGCUUAGUCGUUGUUCCGAAUUGGGCGAGUGUAGGUAAAAGUAGCCGUGUCUACAACUUGUGGUGGCAUGGCGUGCCCUCUGCAGUACGGAGCCAGGUAUGGCAAGCAGUUAUCGGAAAUCCCUUGUCCAUAACACGGGAACUAUUUGAAGCUUGUCUCGCUCAAAGUCGUCAGCACAUCCAACGCCUUGAACGCCAGCGCCUGGCUUCCGAAUGUGCAGAUCAGGCGGGACACCGAUGGAGUUCGCGAUUCCUGUCUGUUGGUGAUUUUCAAGCAAACAACAACCCACUUCGACGCCUCUUGUCCCUGCCACCGACCAGUGAAACCCAUGGUCACCUACAGAAUGAGCAUUGCCCCUCUCAUCCAACGUCUACUAUGGAGGGUUCAAAUACGAAGGGCCUGUCUUCCACUGCGCCAUCGUCCAUGCCAACUUCUGCACCGAUGUCGCCUUCCAGUUUUCGGUCGCUUUCAUCGCAGUCAAGGGACUUAAAAUCGGAUGAGGACGCUUGCCUCCAGGUCAUCGGUUUGGACGUUUCCAGGACCUUCCCGAUGCUGAGUAUGUUUCAGCCAGAUGCCCCGUACUGCCAGAGCCUUCAUGACUUGCUGGCAGCCUACGUCUUCUUCCAGCCGUCGAUCGGCUACCUGCAGGGCAUGUCUUUCAUAGCCGCCAUCCUACUCCUCGUGUUGGGCGACGUGUACGUCGCCUUUGUUGCCUUCGCCACCAUCAUGAACAGACCCAGCUUCUACGCCUUCUACAGUCUAGAUGAAUCAGAGGUUCGAAGAAUAACCGUACCGUUCUCAACCUACUUUACGGCAUUUGAUAUUUUGCUGGAAAAUCACCUCCCACGUCUUCACGAGCACUUUGCAAAGUGCAAGCUCGAUUCCAAACUCUACCUCUUCGACUGGCUCUUUACCAUCUUCAGUCGAAGCCUGCCACUGGACGUGAAUUUGCGAAUUUGGGAUCUCUUCUUCCGUGACGGCGAGCCCGCUCUGCUGUCAGCUGCUUUGGGUAUUAUGAAGAUGUACGAGGAUCAGUUGCUAACUUACGACUUCGACCGACUGGCCUCGUUCCUCACCGGUCCUAUGCCUGAUUCUAUGUCGCCUAACGAUUUGGCUGCUUGCAUGCGAGCGCUAUGUCCCUCGACUUUGGCGAUCAAAAGUGCCCUUGAUAAGGCACGGUCGCUCUCCACCUACGCCAGGCUCUCUUUGUACGGUAAUCGUGCACUGGCGGAGGUGAGUGAUGUAUCCCUCCGCAGUACGAUUACUAUGGGAGACCUUGAAGAUCACCACGACUCAGACACUAGCCUCUGGGGACUGCUAGGCAUGUGUGGACGAAGACCAAAACACGGUGAGGGCGUGUCUUCAUUGGCUCACAAACCGGCUUCGCUUACCUCGAAAAUCCCUUUUAUCAGAAAAAAUCCCCAUGCAAACGAGAUCUGGUGUGCUCAGGUCAGCCUUGAUUACCCUAAACGAAAAUUCAUCUAG